AUGUCUGCUAUUAAGUUCACUUUCGCUUUGCGAAGGAAGAUCCUCGCCUUGAUUGUGCGUUCAGUGGCAGGUAAUAUUGGUGUUAAUGAACUCGCAAAAAGAAUUGAGAAGGCGAAGUCUGAAACGGCUUGUAUUGAUUUACUUCAGAACUUUGUGACUGCCAACAGUAGUGGUAUCAUCGACGAGUAUUUUGGUGUUGAUAGAUUCGACUAUACUAAGAAGGAAAAGCCCGCUGCUGCUAUAAAUGCUGCAAACUCUCGUCCAGAGAAGACAGCAAGGGAUGAGACCUCGCAAGAGGAUUUCAUUCCACGACCCAAAUACCGUCGUACUCAUCAACAUCCCUUCAAGAGUGGGGAAUCUUUCUACGAACAAGUCCAAUUUACCCUAGGAAACACUCAGAAGAAAGAUCAUCCUAUUGUUUCGGCUUCUGCAGGCGGUGGGCCUACAUUAUCACAGAAGCUGAGUGUCUCAAGUAAUGUUCUACAAGAGCGACGCCAAGCCAAUUUAUGCCUGAAGUGUGGUGCUCCAGGCAAUAAGGUAGCUCAAUGCCCACAGAUGCCCAAUGUUAAGGCUAAAGGUGUUCUUGAGAAGAAGUCGCAGGAUAAUUCCAAGCGUCAAA